CAAACACUAGCAAGCUCUCGUGCCAGAAACAUCCGUCAGAGAGCCCGUGGUCCGCUGGAGUCUCGAGAUACGCUCGUUGGGGCCGCAGUUGCUCUUUUUUCGGGACAACUGUGCCCGAGUGGUUCCUUUGGCCGGAGUAAAUUUGGUGCCGCGGGGCUGGAGCUCGAUGGAGAGGCGCGGUCCCGGGAUAUCGCAGUGUGUGUCGGCCGUGUGAGCGAAACGCUUCGUGUUGCGGCCUCUCUCUCUGUUGCGUUACAGUGGUGACACUACUCCUUGUCUCGCGCGGGGUCAUCGUGGACUGGAUGAUCCCUCAGUGACGCUACACGAAUCUCUCGUGAACGAUGAAUCAGUGGUGAUCUUGGUGGUGGAAACUACAGUGUCGCAUAUUUCAAAAACAAUCGUAGAAUAAUACGUGAACUAAGAGGAUAUUAUACGUUGGUGUGGUGAAGAGAUCAACGAAUGAACGAUGUACUCGUUAACGAAAAGAAAGGAACGAUAAUUGUCAUCAAGAACAUUGUCAAUGCUAAGUUACAACUGGGAUAGUAUCCCAGGGAUAUAAUAGGGAGUAAUCAGUGCGUCGUUAAGUGCGUCCAAAGUGUUCUCAAGGAGUAACCCGUGGCUGGACGUCUGGCAGGCAAGCGUUCUCGGUCUGGUGAAGGAACCGGGACCGGGGCGGGUGCAGGCAUGCGGCGGACCUGACUCGACCGAGUUACCUGGAGCCCUCGCGUGUUGCAGAAGUGGCCAGUCCAUCAGCCAGGCGUACGAUAAUCGUACGAUGAUGCCGCUCGCGCCGACGCCAAUUGUACCGGUGCCCUCGAAGCCGAAGAUCGGCUUCAGCAUCGACUCGAUCGUCGGUGGUGGUGGACAGGGUCGCGAGGAUCGCUUGGACCGUUUAGAACGGGUCGAAAUCGAGAGAGAUGGCAGCCCGAUGGACGUGGUCGAGGGUUCGUCUUCGCCUCGAACUCGUCGAGUGACCACGCGAUCCCCUGGCGCUCAUUCCGAGGGCUCUGAUCGGCCGGUGUCUCGAAGUUCCUCCGUGGAGUCCUAUCCUAACUCUCGAAGAACGCCGUCACAUCCUGGCAGCCAUCAUCACCAUCACGGCAACCACCAUGGCCAUCAUCAUCACUUAUCCGCCGCCACCCACCUGGAUUUUAGCAGAACGACGGUCCACAGUCACAGUGGAGGAUCCACGCCGAACAACAGCCCCAGUCCACCUCACAGGAUAUCCCACGGUGAUUCUCCCGUCGGUACACACCCUCAGCCGCCACCAGGAGUAGUCAGACCGAGUCCCAAUUACCUCGCACCGCCGCCUGGCGCGGCAACCGCGGCAGCGGUCGCGGCCGAACAGUUAAAAUCUCUUUACGGGCUGCCAGGACACGGUCCAACGGGACCACAAACUGGACAGAACGAGUAUCAUACGCAACAGCAGUUAGCACUAGCCGCGAAUUUGGCCGCGGCGCAACAUUUCCAAGCGGCGAAUCUCGCAGUGGCCCUUCAGGCGCAUCACGGCGCGUCGCCCCAUGGACCACCGCACGGACCUUAUCCCCAUGGCGGCGCGCCUGGUGGACCUCAUCCACCGCCGCAUCCUCAUCAACCGCCUAGAGACAGCUAUCCGCUGUAUCCUUGGCUCCUGUCCAGGCAUGGAAGGAUCUUCCCUCAUAGAUUUCCCGGAGGCCCCGACAUACCAGGCUUUCUUCUGCAGCCAUUCAGGAAGCCGAAGAGAAUAAGGACGGCCUUCAGCCCCAGUCAGUUGCUCAAGCUGGAGCACGCGUUCGAGAAAAAUCACUACGUCGUCGGUGCGGAGAGGAAGCAGCUGGCGCAGGCGCUCUCGUUGACGGAAACGCAGGUGAAGGUCUGGUUCCAGAACCGACGAACAAAGCACAAACGAAUGCAGCAAGAGGAGGAGGCAAAGGCACAGCAGCAAUCUGGGGGCGGUGGAGGUGGUGGUGGCGGCGGUGGCGGUGGAGGCGGGAACGCGAAUAACAAUUCCAACAAUAAGAACACCCAUCACGUGAGCAAAUGGCAACAGGAGACCGGUGAUUAUCACCACGAGGAAGAGGAGGAAGAGGAACACAUCGAUCCAGAAGCGGAGGAGUGUUCCAGCGGUUCGGAGGCGUAG